ACGUCGGCUAUUUUAAAAACUGAAUGCCGUCUUAAAAUCUCGUGCUGAAAAUCAAAUCACUCCACUUGAAUUCCACCCCCAUCAACUACAACAGUUAGGGUUUCAUUGGUGUUGCCUGAUAAAAUGUUCACCGCCCAACUAUAGCUCCUCCCUCGAUUACUCAGACUGGUUACGUGUGGUUGUUGCGAGUGGGAGAAGUGAGUGCGAUGAGAGAGCAAGAGCAGUAGUGUACACACACACACCAAGUACUUCAAUUUUGAACAGUGGAACUUGUACGAAAUAACGAGAUUUUACUGCCCGGUUCAACAGUUUCAAAGCAGCAUUGGAUUGGAAGUUUGUCGGCUGAAAAGGGGACAUUUCAGAAGGAAUUUUCAAGCAAUGUACCUUCAAAACGCACUACGCCGCUAGUUUGGAUAGCUCGCCCGCGAGAGUUUUCUGGCUAGCUGGGUAUUUUGUUGUGCGCUAAGCGCUCCAGCUGUUGAACUAUGGCGCUCAAGGCGAGAGUUUUAUACGACUUCAAUUCCGAAAACCCCGGCGAGAUUUCAGUAAAGGAAAAUGAAAUAGUGACUCUGUACAGCGAGCAGGACAUUGAAGGCUGGCUAGAAGGAUCCAACACCAAAGGUGAGAGGGGUCUCUUCCCAGCGUCCUACGUCGAGGUUGUGAAGAGCGAUACUGGCACCACGUUGAAUAACAACAGCACAUCUGGCGACACGUACCAAGGAUCACGAUACAGCAAUAUUCCAGCCGGGGGCUUCGCAGAACCCACUUCCUAUAAAAUCCAGAAUCAAACUGACAACUUGACCAAAACACCAGCAACUUCUCCUGGUUUUACUGCAUUUUCGCCGCCUAUCCCGGUACAACAGCAGCACGUUUAUCAAGCCAGCCAAGGCAGCGAUGAUGACUGGGACGAUGACUGGGACGACAGCUCGACGGUGGCGGACGAACCCGGGGUUGUUGGAGGUAGAUACUCCGGGGACUUGGACUCCAACGGACCGGCUACCUACAGAGUGUCGACUUCCUCGGUGUCCAGAGGCAGCAAUGCCCAGCAGGCGAAGAGUUCCGCCACGGUCAGUAGAAACCUCAAUAGGUUUUCAACAUUUGUGAAGUCCGGAGGGGAGGCGUUUGUGUUGGGUGAGGCUGCCGGGUUUGUGAAAGACGGGGAUAAAAUCUGUGUCGUCAUGGGACAAUACGGCCCGGAGUGGCAGGAGAACCCGUACCCCUUUGCCUGUACCAUCGACGACCCCACUAAACAGACCAAGUUCAAGGGAAUGAAGAGCUACAUUGCGUACAAGCUGACGCCCACUCACACACAGACGCAAGUGAACCGGAGAUAUAAACACUUUGACUGGCUCUAUGCCCGGCUGGUGGAGAAGUUCCCUGUCAUCUCGGUGCCCCACAUCCCGGAAAAGCAGGCCACGGGACGGUUCGAGGAGGACUUCAUCUCCAAAAGGAGAAAGGGCUUGAUAUGGUGGAUGAAUCACAUGACCAGCCAUCCAGUCCUCUCCAAGUGUGACGUUUUUCAGCACUUUCUCACCUGCAACAGCACAGAUGAGAAGGCCUGGAAGCAGGGGAAGAGGAAGGCCGAGAGGGAUGAGAUGGUGGGGGCCAACUUCUUCCUCACCAUCUCCACGCCCUCCGGACCCUCACUCGACCUGAUCGAAGUCGAGUCCAAGAUCGACGGCUUCAGGGCCUUCACGAAAAAGAUGGACGAAAGCGUGGUGCAGGUGAACGCCACCACCAACGAGUUCGCCCGCAAACAGAUCACGUGGUUCAAGAAGGAGUACCAGAAGGUGGGCCAGGCCUUCAGGGUCCUGGGCCAGGCCUUCGAGCUGGACCAGCAGGCGUACUCUCUGGGCCUGAACCAGGCGAUCGCCUUCACCGGGGAGGCGUACGACGCCGUCGGGGAGUACUUUGCGGAGCAGCCGAAGCAGGAUGUGGAUCCCCUGAUGGAUUUGCUCCAGCUGUACCAGGGCCACCUGGCUAACUACCCGGACAUCAUCCACGUGCAGAAAGGUGCACUAACCAAGGUGAAGGAGUCACAGAAACACGUGGAGGAAGGCAAGAUGGACACGCCACAGGCCGAAGGAGUGAAAGAGCGCUGCAACAUUAUCUCCUUUGCCACACUGGCAGAGAUCCAGCACUUUCACCAGAUCCGUGUGAGGGACUUCAAGGCCCAGAUGCAGCAGUAUCUGACGGAGCAGAUCGGAUUCUUCCAGAAGAUCACCGGCAAACUCGAGGAAGCCCUGCAGAAGUACGAUAAUGCCUAGAGGAGAGAGGGACAUCCCUUAUUGGCCUAGAGCUGAGCAACCACAAACUGAUUGGUUGAUAUCUCAGCUCAAACCUUCCUGAUGGUCUAAUAUAGGUCCGGAUCUAUCCCUUGACAUCCCUCAGCCAGCCAGUCGUGGAAACCCCAGGUGAACAUUUCCUGCUCAGGAAAGUUGAAAGAUCACCAAGUCUUUGGCUUCUGUACAUGUUGGUUAACGACAAGGGAAAAAGUGGCUGGCUGUUUGCUAUGUAUUGAAUAACAGGGGGUGAUGGUGGUUGGUUUGUGUCAUAGUCCUGUGGGUGGGUGCUAUUAUUUAGGUCACUACUUGACAGAAGGACAAGGGUUAUAUACAGUAUGUACAUUUGUUUAUCUACUGCUGCUGUCAUGCAACGCAUUGAAGGAAUGGUGUUUUUAGCCUUAUAAAUCUCACUGUGAAGCCUAAAUCCAGUGGUUUUAACGAAGUGUCAAUAAGUUAACUUUCAACAUAAACUGACAGUGACUUAUUUCCGUCGAAGUGGCCUGUUAACAUAAGAGUGGUUGUUGGUGUGCUCUACCCUGGUAAACAGUUUAAACACUGCCUUCUAGUAACACUUCAGACCUUCAUAGCGUGUGUUCUAAAUGGCAGCCUGUUCUCACUGUGUUGAGAAUAGGAUGCUAUUUGGCCUGUAAUCAGUGCGGCUAUUCCUAACCUGAGCAGAACCCUCUUUGGCACGACAACCAGUCAGGUGUCACCACUGUCUUCACCUGUGCCUUUUCUUGAUUGUCUUUCUUGGGUUGUAACUUUAACUUCCAUUUUAAAGGUUUAUAUAAUUACAUAAAUAUAUUUGUCUUAUUUUGUUUUUGCUACACUCUGGUUUUUCGCUAUCUUAUUGAUCAAAAGAUUCUCUUGAAUCGUGAGACGCUUUUGGACGAGCUCCUGUGUUUGUCUGAUUAGAGGGACGUGGUCCGUCAUUGGACCAAGUGCCUCGCUGAAGCCUGAUUUGGGGCUCCUCGUGGAGCCCAGCGGGCUGUUGUCCAGUGGUUCACCCUGAUGGGGCUCGCGGGCAUCUUACGGCGAGGAUUAAUGCUACACGGACAGCUUUCAUUUAUAUGGUCUUGCUGCAGUUUUGGGGUCCAUACUGUGGACCGCAAGGCGUCGACACCAACUGGAGAACUCCGCUGAGCCCUGGAGCGCAACAGGACUCUCAAAUGGAAAUGGCCUGACUCACAACUGAAACGGACCGGGCAUUUUAGCCCACCCUGAAAUGACGUUUUAAGCUUAUUUUAAAACUAUUCAAAAUGCUCAGAAAUGUAUAUAUCUUCUUUUUUUUUUUUAGGUUGGGUUCAGUUUGUUGACAGACCGUUCUCCAGGAUAUGCAUGCUUUUGUGUCACCGGGACUGAGUUUGGGAGAAUGCACUAGGGAGAUCCUUCCUUACCUGUGUUGAAUGCAGUCUUUCUAUCGAGUGCAGAUCGUUAAUCCUGCUCAAAUCACAAGCUAUUUUUUGCACUACAUUUGGCUGGAGCCCAAAUAGAUCAGAUCAAAUGUGAUGCACUAAAUAGGGAUUCGGGUGACAUUUAGGUUGCAGAUCGGGACACCUCAGCAGGCCUCGCUGCUUGUUUAACUUAAAUGUGCCGGUGGUGGCGUCACAAACCGUUUAGUCUGGAGGCAGAGGCACCUAAAUAAAGUAUUCACAGAUCACUGUU